AUGGCAGCAAAAUUCUCUAUGGCUAAUACCUCUGGGCUGUUCGACUCGGCAGCCCAUGUGGAAGCCUCGGACCGCAUGCAGGGUGCCAUGGAAGAGCUAAAGGUGAAGAAUGAGCGUAAAGAAAAGAUACGUGCGCAGGAGCAGGAGCAACAGGAAAAGGAGGAGAAGCAACGUGCGAGUCGAGUCGAAGAGGCGCUCGCAGCGAAGACGGCACAGCAGCAGGAAAAUGACUCUUAUAUUAGAGGGCAACAACAGGAUGAGGAUCUAGACUCGGAUGACGAAGCCAUGCUGGACGAACUGGACGAAGACCCCGAGCUAGAACGGUCUCUACUGUCGUCUAGAUACGUGUAG